AUGACCACCAACCUCCGCCCCGCCGAGGGCGGCGGCCUGACGUGGUCCUUCGACCUGGAUGGCAUCGCAGACAUGUACGCGUCCUAUGAGGACACAGACCUCUGGGACCUCCUGCAGGCGCCCCCACAGGGCCUCAGGGUCGACUUUGUCAAGGCCACCCGCAGCACCUUCCGAUGGGAGGGCGGCGCGGAGGGGCGCAUCGCGGCGCUGGGGCACCGCGUGCACGCGCUGGAGGCGGGGCACUGGGUGCACACGGACAACCCGGGCGGCCUGUUCGACAUCUUGGCGCCCAGCUUCGGCAAGAUGGACCUUCACAUGCAGCACGCGGCCAGGCCUAGCAUGCGAUGA